AUGAAGUUGAAAAAUAAAUUGAUACCUGACGCAAUUCCCGAUAGUAACCUCUUAAGUAAAUCAUAUUUACCAACACCCAGUUUUAAAUAUGAUAUUGCGAGUCCUAAAUCGAUAAUCGAAUUAGGAACGGAUGAUUUUUUGCCACAAUCGUUAGAAGACCGCAUGGAUUCAUGCGGUGAAUCUAACAAUUUAUUUUUACUUGCAUCAGUUGCAGAAGAGGCUCAGGGGGAAAUAAGGGAUUUUAGUAGAAAAAAUUUGGGCGAAAAUUUUUGUGAAAGAGGAAAUCAGACAAACUUAUGUUUAACGUCUGUUGUAGAUAGUGAACAGAAAUUGAAAAGGGAAAAUUCCAAGCUGAAGACAAUUUUAGAAGAGAAAGGCAGAUAUAUUUCCUACUUAAAAAAUCAGUUAGCAGAAGUUUCAAAAAAAUUAAAAAAAUUAGAAAAAGAAAUGUCCGAUAAGGAGAAGAGUUUUCAGCAAAGUCAGAGUUUACGUCGAAAUCUUCCUCCUCAAGUUAGUAGAAUAGUUGAAAAUAGUUUAAAAAACUGUAAUCGCCAACCCAAUGGUCGUAGAUAUGACAACUAUUUCAAAACUUUGGCUUUAGGUGUAUAUUUUCUGUCUCCAGUAGCUGAUAGGCACUUAAAGUCGCUUCUUAGGGUAUUCCCUGAAGAGAAAACUCUCUACGAGUUCGUUUCGGAGUGGCCCCAUGACCCCGGUUCUAGUAGUAGUUCUUUAAAAUGUUUAGAGUUAAGAAGUCGGGGUUUCACACAGGAUCAAAAAUUCGUGUCUGUCUUAUGUGACGAAAUGGCACUUAAGAGUCAUAUGCAAUAUGUCGCCAAAUAUGAUAAGAUUAUAGGAGUUGAGGAUUACGGUGACGAGAAUCGAACAUGUAGAAUAGGGAAUAGUGAUAUGACUCUUAUGGUUCAAGGCAUAGGUGGAGUACCUUGGACCCAUCCAUUAUCAUAUUUUAUUGUCCAUGGCUCAUGUAAAAGGGAUGUUGCUAAGAAAUAUAUUUUUGAGGCCAUUACCCAACUACAAAAUAUUAGUCUCACACCUUGUCAUUUUGUUUGUGAUCAGGGAUCUAACUUCAUAUAUUUGGCGAGAAUUUUAGGAGUUUCCGAAGAACGCCCAUAUUUUCAAGUAAAUGGCAAGGAUGUCUUCUUUUUUUCGAUUCUCCACAUCUAUUAA